GGGGGUCACGCUCUUCCUCAUCUGGAAAGGUGAAGCUGCUUUGAAUGAAGAAACAAGCUCAAAUGGAAACAAGCUAAAUAUUAAAAUACAAGGCUAAAAUACAAGGAUCUAAAUUUUUGCCAUUUUUUAUGACUUUUCAAAUGAUUUUAAGCCAUUUUACAUUUUUACUGUUUAAGGAUUAAAUGUCUUCCCCAAUCCAGGUUUUGAUUGGUCACGGUUAGACGAUUUGUUUCUUUGCAAUUUGUCAUACAGAUAAAAUGAGUUCAAAAGUAGUUAAUUCACUGGCAAAAGUUUUUGACCCCAAAUCUGUCUCUGUCAUGGGAAAACCAGGGAAGCUACCCACGGAAGUUGACGGACACCCUGUAACCUUCUCCCACAUCCAGACUAAGAUCGAUUCUUUGAGUGACAAGAUAGACAAGCUCAUCCACAUCCAGGAGAAGGUUCUCCACCGGCUGGAUGGCUUGUCUCAGGACAUCGACGGCAUUGAAAAGGACGUAGAGACACUGAAGGUGGACAAGGAGGAGAUCCAUCUGCUGCCCCCCAAGCAGCAGGAUGUGAAAGUCACCAACGAGAUGAAAGUGAUGUGCCAGGAGAUGAAUAGCGUCAUAUCAGCCGUUAGCCAGAGGUCUGAGCAACACUCCAGAAAGCUGGACGGGAUGGAGAGAUUGAUGAUGGGCAUCCAGCAGGUCGUCAGCUUAAUCGGAGAAAAUGUAAAGACCUCCUGCCUUAUGGAGUUGCUUUUCAAAGACCCUCCAGCUCGGAAGGCCAGGGCCACGACGAACAAGCUGAGAGAACACAGAGGACGUGCAAAUCUAAAGGCCUCGAAAUCCCAGAAGAAGAAAAAGUCUCCAGACACACCAGAAAUAGCCGCCUUAAGGAAACAGGUCCAGCUCCUUGAAGAAGUUCAGAGAUUCAACUGGGUGAAUGCUGAGAGACUGCACCAAGACCAGCAAGACAAAGCUCAUGAGGUUGGAGGUAGGGUGGACGAUACCUUGGAAGAGGAAAGUUACAUAGAUCCCACCCUGAUAAAUAUUAUCCCAGAUGCUCCCCGCAUCCCUGUGGGAGAAGAGGUCGGGGUUUCGGGACAGAAAGGAAAGAAGAUCACGGAGUUGGACAAGCUGGGGAGGGACAAGCCACUGAUUCUUAUCAAGCGUAAAGACGAGGAUGACAAAUGGGAAGGAGAACCAGGACGUGUUCAGGUUCAUGAUGAAGUGGAGGCCAAGGAAGAGGAAGAGGAAGAGGAAGAGGAAGAGCAACAGGCAGACAUGGCCAUUUGUGACAGUGAACAGCCCCCAGACAAUGACGGAACUGAACCGAAAAAUCUUCUUACAGAAAAUGGUCCUGCCAUAGAAGCUUUCCAAUCCGUGAACAGCCAUGAAAAAAACAUACAAGUGUUUUGUGAGUUGAUGGUGGAGCUUAAUCAGACCAGUGAGGGCAUUUCCUAUAGGAAAUCGGACGUGACAAAAGGAGACCUUGAAAAGGAUGAACAUGUGAAAGACAAUGAUUCUGACAUGACAGCACAAAUGGAGGAGGAGGAGGAGGAGGAGGAAAAAGAGAGGAUGGACAGGGCAGAGGUAGAGAUGGAAGAGUCAGAUGUGGAAGAAGAUGCAGAAGAGACUGAAGAGUACUUCAUAGACUGCAGCCCACCUCCCUCUGCCCCCUUCAAGCAUCGCGUCGUGUCAGCCAAACCCAACCAAAUCUCCAACUUCUAUGCGAUCAACAAACAGGAAAUCCUCGGAGGUGGUCGUUUUGGCCAAGUGCACAAGUGCAUAGAAAAUUCAUCAGGCCUUACAUUUGCUGCAAAGAUCAUCAAAGGAAAAUCCCCGAAAGAGAAGGACUUUGUGAAGAAUGAGAUUCAGGUGAUGAACCAGCUAGACCAUGCUAACCUGAUCCAGCUAUAUGCUGCCUAUGAAUCCAGGACUGAAGUCAUUCUUGUCUUGGAGUACGUGGAUGGAGGUGAGCUGUUUGACAGGAUCAUCGACGAGAACUACAAGCUGACUGAGUUGGACUCUGUCAUGUUCAUCCGGCAAAUUUGUGAUGGGAUCCAGCACAUGCACAAAAUGUACAUCCUGCAUCUGGACCUUAAGCCAGAGAACAUUAUGUGUGUGAGCAGAAUCACAAACAAGAUCAAGAUCAUUGACUUCGGGUUAGCCAGAAAGUAUAAUCCCCAGGAGAAGCUGAAGGUGAGCUUCGGUACACCGGAGUUCCUUGCCCCAGAGGUGGUUAAUUAUGAUUACGUCUCUUUCUCCACGGACAUGUGGAGCUUGGGAGUCAUCACCUACAUGCUGCUCAGCAGCCUGUCACCUUUCCUCGGGGAUGAUAACAACGAGACUCUGAACAACAUCCUGGCCUGCCAGUGGAGCUUUCAGGAAGUGGAAUUUACUGACAUUUCUGAGGAAGCAAAGGAUUUCAUCUCCAAACUCCUUGUUGUCAAUAAAAGCUGGAGGAUCAGCGCUUCAGAAGCUCUGAGACAUGCCUGGCUCUCAGAUCCAGUGCUUCACCACCAUCUCCAUGAAAAGAAGAACAUGUGCCGCUCUCGCCGGUCAUCCUGUGUUACCCUGUGCAAUCCUUAGACGAGUCCACAUUGAAGCCCCAGGGGUUCCGUGUGCUACCUGCCGACACGAAGGACUCUCCUGCCCUUCACGUGCGCCCGUUCCCCCAGUACCAGUGUGUCAUCAGAUGUCUAACAGCAGACCACUGAGAAAGUGUGAGCUCCCCAUGGACCAAUGCUGCUCUGCCUCCAUCCCUUCUUCCUCUGUGUACUUUAGAAUCGCCACUUGAGCCGGCAUAGACUCAGAUCACUGGCUCAUUUCUACAGCCCGCUGCUAAGCUGCGCACACACAGUACCAGUGAGGUCACAUUCAUACAUACCAGUGUGUUCUACAACCUUAAGGUGUAUUCUCAUAAAAUAGCCUGUUGACCAUUAGCCAUGUUGGCGCUAAAUACAAUUUGCUAGCUAUGUGCGCAAUAAAGAUGCAAAUGUAUACACUACAACUAUGAGCAUUUAGCACACGAUAAAAUAUAUCAUAAAUAUCAAAAAUAGCGCGAUUUAUGAUGUUUUUUUGAAUGCGACUACUCUUUUCAGAGCUAAGGAAGUGUCCUCUGCCCUGUUUUAAUUUCAUUUAAGUUAAUUUCAGGUAAAAAUGACAGUGUCAUGUGUGGACGGUUUAAAUGUUACAUGCACAGUGUAUUUAGAGUAAAAGGAUGUUUGUUUUUUUUAAACAAAAUAGUAUUUUGUUGAAUGUGUCUUUACAGUUGUUGUACACUUUAUGUAUUGAUUUAUAUCGAAAAUGUGAUCCAUAUAAUUUCAAAGUAGUAUUUUAACACUGUAAUAAGAUAAGCAUUUUCAUGAAUAAUUCUUUGUUUCUCUUGUCUCUCAGUCUGUCUAUAUCAAUAUUUUGCUUUGAGUAUUUUUUUUUUCAGUUGGGUAGAUAAUACUCUACAGAUUCAGUAGCUUCCCUAGUACUGUAUCGAGUACUGUCAGAUCUAAUACUGUAACAUUACUCUGAACUGCGAUUUGGGCCACAUUCACAGAACAGUUAUUGAACAUUGCAGUUAGUUUUCCUCUGUUGACCAUGGUUAUGUGCACAGGCGGUUUCCUUUUUCCUUUCAGCUUUAUCUAAAGGACAGACUGGUAAUCAAACACCUGAAAAUCCUUUCAUAUAUUUUAUGUUGAUCUGAAAGUAAACAGACAAAAUUAACCAUGAACAUUUCAUUUUUUUUGGUCAAAGAUUAAAUACAAUGUGAUGUGGAAAAUGGUAACUGUAUUCACUUCUGAAUAAUUAUCAGACUAUUAUUUAGAUAUUUGUUUUAAAGUGGAUUUUAUUAGAUAAAAAAAAAACAUUUAUUUGUAGCGGAUUUAAACCCACGAAACAGUCAAAGCGGUUCCUUUUGUAUUAUUUUUGUAUUAUGUAUUAAUAUGACAAUACAAAAUUUUGCUGCAGACUCUACCCAGACCUUGACAGAUUAAAAUGAUUGAUAUCAAUGUUAUAAUAGAAUUCCAAUUUCAUCGCAUAUACAGUAUAACAGCUUUCAUACAUAUGACAUUGCUGCUCAUUUUAGCUGUUGCUCAGAGUAAAUUGAAGAAAUCCAUUCUGGCUGCAGUUUACAGGGUGAUUUAAACUCUGCUUUGAACAACCUUUUUAUAAGGUUCCGUCUUUCUUUAUUGGGAUGGUAUUUAUAAUUGCCAGUUUCAUUCAACUGGUUACAGUCUUGAUGUUUUAGUUCAUUAUAUUUAGCCUGUGACACAUGUACCUGCAUAGAACAUGAUGCUAUUUCACCUUCUGUGAAGGUAACUGGACUACCUACCUGAAUUGUCUAUCAUUUAUCAGAGGUAAAAAUAUUAGCGAUUGAAUUGUAUCCUAUCUACAUUAGACAUAAGUAAGUGCAAUCUUUGGAAUUAAUUAACUGAUAUCUGAAUUUUAUGCUUUUUAAAAGUGUCUUUUUUUUCUGAAACCAUGACAUUAACGUGUGUGAAAUGUUAGCUCUUAGACAUUUGUAUCUUUAUAAUUUGUAGGUUAUAUGUUUAUGUUGCAUGUAACAGCAUAUAAUAAUGUCGUAUUAAAGAAUGGAAAAGGAAAGUAAUGAAUGAAAACAGUCACAGUCAUUCUGCAAUGAAAAGGAGAGACGCUUCUACAGCAGGAUAUUCUUUUGUUGUCCACAAGAGGGCAGCAGUGAAAGAAGGCAGAAUGCAAAGUAAACGAUUGUAUGAAACGUCAAACUGAAAACAAAAAUCUACAAAAAUGUAUUAAAGUUCUUAUAUUUUCCCUUAA